GCCCGCUGUGGUCAAUGGUGCAUGUGCAUUGCUAUUGUAUUAUUCUCCAGCUUCAAAUAGUCCGAGUGAGACUACUGCUACAACUACGCCCUAGCAAAUAUUUAUCCCCCCUCCCCCCUUUCUCUUCUCGCCAUUUCUAUUUCUGCAAACCUGAUUGUUGUCGUGUGUGUCGAUCAUUCGUUUCCUGAAACAUCCCCCGACAAAACGACCUCCCGCCCUCUUUGUCAAUUGCAAACGCUCAAUCGUCGAAAGUAAGUCGGCUUCUCGAGAGCAUAUUCCAUAGUCAAAAAAAAUAAGAGCGGAUUUCUUAAAUCACCCGUCAACAGAAUGACUACCGAUCUCUACUCUAUCCCCGCCGCCCACGCCGGUGAAGCUACAAACAUACCCCGCACAUCCACUGCAGUCAGUGAUGCCACGACAGUCAACGAGACGCCCAUCCUCCAGAACACAGUCAAUGGCAAUGGUCUGACAAAAACCACAACAUUCACAUCAGCAGAAGAUCAGUCCCUGUUCUCGCCCUCCCUCAUCUCUGCCGAGAUCCAGUCCGUCCUGCCCGAGGGCUACAGUGCUCGUCCGUUGCGUCGCUCCGACUUCCACCUGGGCUAUCUGGAUGUUUUGCGUGUGCUCACAACUGUCGGCGACAUCACAGAGUCGAUGUGGAACGACCGAUACGAUUAUCUGCUCAAGCGAAAUGAUGAGUACUACCUCAUCGUCAUCUGUGACGGCGCAGGCAAGAUCGUGGGCACAGGGAGUCUGAUUGUUGAGCGCAAGUUCAUCCACACAUUGGGUCUGGUUGGCCAUAUCGAGGACAUCGCUGUCGCACAAGAUCAACAAGGCAAGAGGCUAGGGUUGAGGAUCAUUCAAACGCUAGAUUAUGUUGCUGCCAAGGUCGGCUGUUAUAAGUCUAUUCUCGAUUGCUCGGAAGCCAACGAAGGUUUCUACCUCAAGUGCGGCUUUAAGCGAGCUGGGCUCGAAAUGGCACACUAUUACUAAAAUAACGCAUUGUGUGACUUUUUAAUCGUCUGUAUGAAUAGUUCUUAUCCAUGUGUGUAUUCUACUAUUGUGGGAACUUGGGACUGCGAGGGUCGUAAGAGGGAUUCUCGCAGCGAUGGGGUUUUCUAGCGAACUUGAUUUUUCUCUCUUCGGUAACAGUUGAUUAUGAUCCGGGUGAAUAAAUGCUUUAUCUGAUUGUCGAUCUAAAAACUACAUUAUAACACAAUGCGG